CUCCUCCGUCCACCCCCGACUCCAAUCUUCAUCCACACCUUGAAUCAAAUCCAUCCCUACACCAAUACAGACUUCAACCCAAUCCAAUAGACCGAUACCUCCUUGAGACUUGAGAUAGACCACCCGCAGCUCGAAUCGACUCGGCAAUGAAGAGCAGGAGGCAGAGCGGCCGCGCCGGUGGCCUGGCCGUGGACACCACAAGCAGCGGCUGCGGCGGCGGCGGCGUCGUAGGGGGAGGAGGCUGCAGCGCCAGCAAGAUGGAGCGCAAGGACGUGGAGAAGAACCGGCGGCUGCACAUGAAGGGACUCUGCCUCAAGCUCUCCUCCCUCGUCCCGCCCUCCUCCGCACACCACCUCCGCCACUAUUCUUCUACUUGUUCCUCGCCGCCGUCCAGCAACAAGGACGCGGCGACGCAGCUGGACCAGCUGGACAGCGCGGCGGCCUACAUCAAGCAGCUCCGGGCCCGGAUCGACCACCUCAAGCGCCGCAAGCAGGCCGCCCUCACCGGCGGCUGCUCAUCCUCCGUCUCCGCGGGCGACUACAAGGGAGCUCCUUCAACUUCAACGGCGCUGCCGGUGAUCGAGGUGCGGUGCCAGGACGGGUCGGCGCUGGACGUGGCGCUGGCGAGCGAGGCCGGGCGUCCCUUCCGGCUGCACGAGGUGAUCGCGGUGCUGGAGCAGGAGGGCGCCGAGGUGGUCAGCGCCAGCUUCUCCGUCGUGGGCGACAAGAUCUUCUACACGGUCCACUCCCAGGCGCUCUGCCCCCGCAUCGGCCUCGACGCCGGCCGGGUCGCCCAGAGGCUCCGCGGCCUCGCCGCGGCCGCAGCCACCGUCUCGACGCUGCUGACAUGCUGAUCUCUCUAUGUCGUCUAUCUAUCUUUUUUGGCAUGGCGACCGAACCGCCUGAGCCUGACUGACCGGAGGCUAGCUGAUGCUAGAUGGAUUAAUUUGCAGCUGUGCUGCGGGUAGUUGAUCUUUUUUUCAUCGGUCGGGUCAGGGCAGCAAUGUUCUCCAUGAUGUUUGUUUCAGCUUAACCAAGAUUUCUCUCCUUGUACGUACUACGUACUAGUAGCUAGUGUUGUUGCUGGCUGGGUUAGGCUUAGUGGUAGAUAAGGUUGGUUGGCUAAUGGCUCCUCUCUCUUCCGCUUGUGAAUGAGUAAAGCUAGCUUGAGGUUUGUCUGAAAUUGGGCUUCUGAGAUACUCUUUCCUCCACAA